AUGUUCAUGUUCAUCACCAUUCUAGACACUCCCAUGGGCAUGGAGAUUUCGACCCGGACCGGGUAUGAGGCCUACAUCUCGGAAUUGCACAAGAGUAACGAUGAUGGCACUAGCAGGGAUCCAUCUACCGGAGGCCGUCUGAAUAUGGGCCUUCUCCGCCUAGCCCGUACCCUAAGUGGCUUCAUCGGAAAGCUGCUCGGCAACAAAGACCAGGGUUUCGAGGCCUUCUUCAUGGCCACCUGUACCGAUGAGUCGAUCCCACGCCUCAAAUCCGCACCGGAGCAGGCCUAUCUUUGUAGGCGAUCCCCGCGUCUCUCCAUGUUGCUCCGGAUCCUUGACUUGGAGGGUGCAUUUGCGCCGCCUCGCCCCCGUUUCCUUCUGGUCUGUCAUUGGCCUAUGGUUGCCUGGAUGGUCGAGAUGUUCACGAUCCGUCCAAGGCUGCGAACUGUUUCCAUCACGGCUUUUAAGUCCCGAGGGUCCUAG